UGACAGAAGAUCCUGGGUUGCUGAAAGUGAGGAGUUCUGCCAAAACUUUGAAGAUCCCUGUAAACUUUGCAAAUUACCCAUCUUUUGGAGACAAUUAUAUCAAACGAUAUCGUGGAUUACAAUACAUGAGAAGCGUUUAGAGCCUGRAAGAUUAUUUAUGUUUGGCAUUAACUCUUAUGGUCAUAAUUUCAAGUGGAGAGAAAAGGAAUACACAGGAACCCUCUUAUUAUCUUUUGAAAUAUGAAGAUCACAGGAAAAGAAGGGUUUAAAUUGUGAAGUGAUGGUCCUCAAAACCUUUCUGUGCAUUAACUGGCAUCCUACACCUAUAAAAACAAGGCUUUCCAGGCACAGUGUGGACCUCAUGAGCUGUAAGCCUUGCUUUGAGAUCUGAGUUUUUAUACAGUACAGGAGGAAACUGCAGCCYGUGGGGCAGAGUACCUACACAAAUGUUGGAUUAAUACCUUGGAAGCCAAGUUCAGGAAUUAACACACCACUAGUGAGGAAAAAAAGAAGCAUGGACAGCAAUGAAGACGAUGCUAAACUGUUGAAGAGGGCUGCAUUUCCAGGAGCUGUGUCCCACAUGUACCCCCAUGGGGUACCCCUGAGAGAAACAUUCAGCCUUCCCUUCCCUCUGGACCCAUCCUACUGGGAGCAAGCCCGCAGCGGGCACCCAGGUGGCAUCUCCUACAUCCCAUUUCCCAGCUACGUGGGCAUCUAUGACUAUUCCUUCGAGCCCGCCUUCAUUCGGAAGAGGAACGAGCGGGAGCGGCAGCGGGUGCGCUGUGUGAACGAGGGCUACACCCGCCUCAGGGAGCACCUGCCCAAGGAAUUCGCUGACAAACGCCUGAGCAAGGUGGAGACSCUGAGAGCUGCCAUAAACUACAUCAAACACCUGCAGAGCCUGCUGGACUGCCAUCCCUUGGGAUCGGACAGCGAGGAAACGCUCUGUGCUAAGGAGCUGCCGGCAUCUUCCCCGCGGGAGUGCAACAGUGAUGGRGAGUCCAAAAGCUCCCCAGCAUCAUCCCCCUACAGCGAGCUUUAGGAGAUGGACUCACCUCUGAGACACAAAGCUUCAAGUUUGGCUGGAAAACAGUUUCAGACCCUGGGGACUUUUYGACAGAUGAAAAUUAAUAGCAGGGAAAGAAAAACGGGUAGGGGGAAAGGUAUUUUCAGUCUGCCAAAGGAUUUUAAAUGUUUACAAUAUAAAAGUCUCUCAGGUUGUUUCAGCUGUGUUACUAACCUUCUUUUCCUCUGUUAAACUGAAGCAACAUUUAAUUCUMCUUUUCAUUCAGCUUGUAUUCUGUUCUAUUUUCUUUUGCCUUUCAUUCAAGACAGUAAAACCAGAUAAAUGCAUUUUGGGAAAUUCCCUUCCCCUUUCUCCUCCUUUGUCCAGUAAGUUUUAUUGUCUGGUUCUUUUGACUGAUAACUGAGAUGCACUGCAUUGCAAACACUGGGGAAGGUAAGAUUUAGAUAAAAUGUCUUUCCCUUAAUGUUUCAGAAAACUCACAGAAACACUUYUAUUUAUGAAACAACAACUUUUCAGAUACAAACAAGGCUCUAUUUGGAAAUUAAUUUCUUUUACAGCAUCUUCUAAAGUGAAAGAAACAGCUYAUACAUUGGAGUGGCUAUUUGGUGAUUAUUCUAAAGAUAAUUUUAAGGGAAAUAAAGCUGGCCACUUUCAUUCCAGUCAAUGCUAGGAAGAGGGGAAGUUCUGUAAAGCUGCACCUUCAAAAGCAAAGAUUCACUCAAGGUACUGAAAAAAUGCUGCCAGACUUUUUCCUACUUUCCUGAAAUCUGAGUUCACAGACAAAAUCAUCUUGAUUGUUGGAAGGCCAGAAAUUAUCUGCUUAGAAAUAUAACAUCYAGUGGUUAGACACUGGUGUGUACAAAAAGGGAAAUGUUGAAUAUAUCUGUUUACAUCUGCAUGAAAAUGUAGGUAUUUCUCCUUUUGUUUAGAAUAUKUAUUACUUUUUCAAAGGAUACAGCUUUUAAAAUGAAUACCUCAAAAUCUAUGGAAUACCUUUAAUUUGGAUUGCAUCUACUUAAAAUGAGAAUUUUUCUCCAAUUUGCUCUAAAAUCUGCCUUUCUCCAAGGCCAGAUUUAAAUAACAUUUAUCUCUGUGCUUAAACCCCAUUCUGUAUACCGGAUAAACUUCUUACCACCCACUUUCCACACACCUUUCAAACUUUUACCUUUUUGGCUUAUGUUGGAUUAAAUGUUUUGUAUCUUUUUGUCUUUGCUUCAUAUCAUGCUGACUGAAAAAAUACUCAUAUAUAAAUAAGAACAAAUACUGAUCAAAUACCUCAAAA